CGACAGACUGGAGCAUUUUUCAGAUGCCGUCCAAGACGCGCCAUUGGAAGCAAAAGGAUACCAGAGAAAUCGAAGCAUUUCGCCAACCCCAGACUGGUUACGGGGAGGAUUCUGGUACAAGAACUGUGAGAUUUUGGUUGGCCGAUGGAAAGCAAGCUCUGAAGGAAAUGCCACUACAUCAAGCACCGCUUGGGGGCCGCAAAGAAGGCUGCGUGUCGGCAAGACAACUGCUCCGAAGAAGGCAUCCGCCGGUGGCCCAAAGACUCAUGCUUGAGCCAGGGGCAAGAAGAAGCUAAGGUCGAGGAAGUUGAGGAGGAAGCUGAAGGCGACGGUGAUGCCGAGGUUGACGACAAUGCUGAUGCCCAGUCUGAAGCGGAGGACGAAGACACGAAGGACGCUGAAGAAGCUACUGAUAAGUCUUCCUAAUCUCUCGUUACAGGGAAUGAGCUCCCUAUCCAUAUCCCCACCGAGCUUCGACGCUGUAGGACGAGGCG